AUGCCUUAUGACAUCUCCUAUGAGCUCCUUUCUUUCGAGAAAAGCAACGGUGAACCAGCUGGUACUUACAAUGACUUGGUCCACCAGGUGUACCUUGGGAGAUAUGACGCUGUUGUGGGAGAUACAACUAUACUGGCGAACAGGUCCUCCUACGUCGAUUUCACAUUCCCUUUCAUUAAAUCAGGUGUGGGACUGGUUGUUCCAAUGGGUGAAACAGUGAAGAGAGACCUAUUCGAUUUCUUCAAACCUUUGUCCUGGAGACUAUGGUUGACUUCCUUGGCUUCCUUCUUCGUUGUUGGCAUUACUGUUUGGGUUCUUGAGCAUAGGUUUAAUCCGGACUUUCAAGGAACGGGGAGAUACCAAGCUAGUACCAUCCUCUGGUUUGCUUUCUCUACAAUGGUUUUUGCACCAAGAGAAAGAGUGUUGAGCUUUGGAGCGAGGUUCUUGGUUAUCGCAUGGUAUUUCAUCGUUCUAGUGUUGACUCAAAGUUACACAGCCAGUUUGGCUUCGCUUUUAACAACACAGCAACUUAAUCCAACCAUAACAAGCAUGAGGAGCUUGCUUGAGAGAGGAGAAACAGUUGGUUAUCAGAGAACAUCCUUCAUCCACGGAAAGCUUAGAGAAGUCGGUUUCCCUGAAUCCCACCUUGUACCCUUUGAUACAGCAGAAGAAUGCGAUGGGCUACUGAGUAAUGGAACAAAAAAGGGAGGUUUCUCGGCAGCUUUCUUGGAAGUACCGUACUUGAAGAUAUUUCUUGGACAGUAUUGCCAAGACUAUAAAAUGGUUGAAGAACCCUUCAACGUUGAUGGAUUCGGCUUUGUUUUUCCAAUCGCAUCACCUUUGGUCGCUGACGUUUCAAGGGCUAUCUUAAAGGUAGCAGAGUCACCAAAGGCGAUGGAGCUUGAGCGUGCAUGGUUCAAGAAGAAAGAAGCAAGUUGUCCAGACCCAGUCACCAAUCCAGAUCCUAAUCCAUCUGUUACCUCUAGGCAGCUUGGUGUGGACAGUUUCAAGGUUCUGUUUUUGGGUGUGUUUGUUAUAUGCGCUCUAACCCUCGGAAGUUUCAUUUUACGUUUCCUAUGGAAGAGUAAAGGGGAAGCAAAUUUGUGGAAAAAGUUUAGAGAAACAGAAGAAAGUUCGUACAUCAAAGUAGAGAAAUGUCCUUGUACGCCAUCUCUACCCAAGCCUCAAGACAGCAGUCAAGCAACAAACCCGGCGGACAAAAAAUAA